GGGACCCGGGACACGUCUGCGCCACCAACGGAUUACGAUCCGCCAAAGCAAACCACAAGAAAUUACUGCAGGCUCACCCACAGGUUGGCUGAUGAUCGCCCCACCUCGACAAGAAUGGGGCCCACCACCCGUCACCGCCGCGGUGAAAACUUCGAUCGCUCAUCGAUCCUCUCUUUCACCGCUCCUACUGCCCAGCGCAACGCGUGGUCGCCUAGAUGUAAUCACUUAUUAGAUCGUCGAGGGGUCCCUGCGUAAUUUCCCAAUAUAUCAAGCCCUGUUCAUGGCAAACCUCGAAACUCGUAUUUCCCUAUAAAUUCAUACUGCCACCAUCCCGCACGCCAGCUACAAUUACUCUCUAUAUUCAUUCUCGCUUGCUCCCACUCUCUCUAUCCCUCUUACUGUUUGAAAUCGUACAAAUCACGCCGGGAAAUAUUGGAGCGCCUUUCAUUGAAAUUCUGGCAUCUUAGAUUAUACUUUCAGUGAACACUUAACAUGGGUUCAAAAAAAGCAGUUGAAGAUUUGAUAGAGGCUUCAUCAGGGGUCCAUUUUUCUGGGUUUCAUUUAAAAACAACAGAUCCAAGUACUUCAGUAAUUGAACAACCAACCACCUCUACCACCGAAAAUAUCAAGCAGCCCUUUGUCAUAGGAGUUGCUGGCGGUGCAGCAUCUGGGAAGACUACAGUCUGUGAUAUGAUUAUUGAACAGCUUCGUGAUCAACGUGUUGUACUUGUCAAUCAGGACUCCUUUUAUCACAACUUGAAACCAGAGGAAUUUAAAAAAGUUCAUGAAUACAAUUUUGACCACCCCGACGCAUUCAACACGGAGCAAUUAUUGAGUAUUAUGGAGAAAUUGAAACAUGGACAUGCAGUAGAUAUUCCAAGAUAUGAUUUCAAGAGUUAUAAAAAUGAUGUCUUCCCCGCUCGAAGAGUGAAUCCCUCCGACGUCAUUAUUCUUGAAGGAAUACUCAUCUUUCAUGAUCCAAGGGUUCGGGAUUUUAUGAAUAUGAAAAUAUUUGUGGAUACAGAUGCUGAUGUACGUCUGGCAAGGAGGAUAAGGCGUGAUACAGUAGAAAAGGGUAGAGACAUUGGAAUGGUACUUGAUCAGUACUCAAAAUUCGUGAAGCCUGCUUUCGAUGAUUUUAUACUUCCGACGAAAAAGUAUGCUGACAUUAUCAUUCCUCGUGGAGGAGACAAUCAUGUUGCUAUUGACUUGAUUGUGCAACACAUUCGGACUAAACUCGGUCAACAUGAUCUUUGUAAAAUAUAUCCUAAUUUAUAUGUCAUUCAGUCGACUUUUCAGAUACGAGGUAUGCAUACACUUAUACGUGAUGCUCAAACAACGAAACAUGACUUUGUCUUUUAUUCUGACCGGUUGAUCCGAUUGGUUGUUGAACAUGGUCUUGGGCAUCUACCCUUUACAGAAAAGCAGGUGAACACUCCAACUGGAUCUGUAUACACUGGUGUAGACUUCUGCAAGAGAUUAUGUGGUGUCUCUGUUAUCAGAAGUGGUGAGAGCAUGGAGAAUGCCUUGCGCGCAUGUUGUAAAGGAAUCAAAAUUGGCAAAAUUCUCAUUCACAGGGAAGGCGACAAUGGUCAACAGCUGAUCUACGAAAAACUGCCAACAGAUAUCUCCGAUAGGCACGUCUUGUUAUUAGAUCCAAUUCUGGGCACGGGAAACUCAGCAGUCCAAGCCAUUUCUCUACUUAUCAAGAAGGGCGUACCAGAAUGCAACAUCAUAUUCCUUAAUCUAAUAUCUGCACCUCAAGGAGUGCAUAUGGUGUGCAAACGAUUCCCCCGAGUGAAGAUAGUGACAUCUGAGAUUGAAAUUGGUCUGAACGAUGAUUACCGCGUGAUCCCCGGUAUGGGCGAGUUUGGCGACCGUUAUUUCGGGACAGACGACGAUUAAACACCAUCCCAUUCAUAUCUAUUCUUCACCGCCACUUCAAAUCAUGUCAAGGAUGUCACAUAUACAUGCUUAUUAUUACUUCUUUUUUUGACACUCUUACUCUUACUCUUGCUCAAUAAUUUAUUCACAUUUCAAUUUAAAUUAUUUAUUCAAA